UGAAGCCACGCUGGACUAAAAAGUAAUCAUUACAAUUACAUAUUAAAAUCAAUAUGGAACAUUACUUGUAAUUUUGGUAUGAGACUUAAAAUGAUAUUGUAAUAUGACAAAAGACAGAGACUAUCAGCCAUAAUAUUGAAGAUGAACUAUAAAUAAGAGCAUAUCUAAUUAUUGUGAGAGUAAGAUGCUGAAUGGAAUCUUUAAUCAACUUUCUUAAUGCAGAGCACAGAGAGCUCUGCUAUUUUGUAUGGCAAGCUAUUUUCAUACUGCUGUGUUUAAAACUGUGUGAUUACAGUUACCAAUAGCAAUUAGGAUGUAGCUACAGAAGGGAGUCCUGGUGGUUGCAAAAGUUUUUUGGCCAAUGUUUUUGCUCUCUGAAGCCUCGAGUCCACAUUUUCUACCCUGUAAGUUAGUUUUGCUUUUCAACUGGAUUUUUAACAGAUGCUGAUAUUGGACUACAUGAAACUGAAAACAAAAGUAUUUGAGCAACCAGAAUAACUCCAUCGGUUUUCUCAGUCAUAUUAAUGAUGAAAAAACAAUCAACAAAAUAAGAAUCUCUUCUUUCCACCAGCAUCAGCUUUGAACAACAGAGGAAUAUAAAGCCUGAUGGUGACAAAGGGUUAUAACUUUGUUUUUUCACUGUACAUCCUCCCCGGUUUCAGAUUUAGCAAUGGAUAUUCUUUGUGACGAGGAGAACCCAACUGCAAACUCCUUAAUCCAAUUAAAUCAUGAGAGAAGACUCUACAAAAAUGUUUUUGUGCCUGGAGAGGUUAACGCAUCUCAUCUGUUUAACUUGACCAUGGACUCUGAAAACCUAACUAAUCUUUCAUGUGAAGGUAGCCUGACUCCGCCGUGUUAUUCAUCACUAUUUCAUUUUCCAGAGAAAAACUGGCCAGCUCUGCUGACCGUUAUAGUGAUUGUUCUAACCAUUGCUGGAAAUAUUCUUGUUAUCAUGGCCGUGUCACUGGAGAAAAAGCUACAGAAUGCCACUAAUUAUUUUCUAAUGUCACUUGCAAUAGCUGAUAUGCUCUUGGGUUUCCUUGUCAUGCCUGUGUCAAUGUUAACCAUACUGUAUGGAUAUACAUGGCCUCUGCCUACAAAACUCUGUGCUGUCUGGAUCUAUUUGGAUGUGCUUUUCUCCACUGCCUCCAUCAUGCACCUCUGUGCCAUUUCUCUGGAUCGCUAUAUUGCCAUACGAAAUCCCAUCCAUCACAGCCGCUUUAACUCCAGAACUAAGGCUUUCACAAAAAUAAUUGCUGUUUGGACCAUAUCUGUUGGUAUCUCAAUGCCAGUACCUGUGCUUGGACUACAAGAUGAUUCCAAAGUGUUCAAGAAAGGUAGCUGCCUGCUGGCUGAUGAAAGCUUUGUCUUAAUAGGCUCUUUUGUGGCGUUCUUCAUUCCUUUAACCAUCAUGGUGGUCACCUAUUUUUUAACUAUAAAAUCACUUCAGAAAGAAGCUACCUUAUGCAUUAAUGACCUUGGCACAAAGACCAAGUUUGCUUCAUUUAGUUUUCUCCCUCAAAGUUCUCUGUCAUCAGAGAAACUCUUUCAACGCUCUUUGAACAGAGAGCUGGGGAAUUCAGGAAGGAGGACUAUGCAGUCAAUCAGUAAUGAACAAAAAGCUUCCAAGGUUCUUGGUAUUGUCUUCUUUCUGUUUGUUGUGAUGUGGUGCCCGUUUUUCAUCACCAAUGUGAUGGCAGUCAUUUGCAAGAAAUCCUGCAAUGAAGAAGUCAUUGGAGGACUGCUUAAUGUAUUUGUCUGGAUUGGCUACCUUUCUUCAGCUGUCAACCCAUUAGUAUACACACUGUUCAAUAAAACCUAUCGUUCUGCUUUCUCACGUUAUAUUCAGUGUCGAUACAAGGAGGAGAAGAAGCCUUUACAGCUGAUUUUAGUGAACACCAUACCUGCUUUAGCAUAUAACUCCAGCCAACUCCAGCUAGCAAAAAUGAAGAGUUUAAAAAAAGAGGCUAAAAUGAUGGCCAAGGAUUAUUCUAUGGUUACAAUUGGAAUACAUCCUUUAGAUAGUACCUCAAAGGGCAGUAUUAGCCCAGUCAGUGAAAAGGUUAGUGGUGUGUGACUCUGCUAGCCUGUCAACAGCUGCCAUGGCAACCAGUGGUAUGUACUCAGAAAACUUCAUCUAACUCUGAGAAGCUUUGAUAGCUUAGGAACAUUAGCCCUGUCUAAGAGAACUUCAAUAGCAUCACAUACUCAUGUUAUCCAAUUAAUGACAAACAGGGUUAAAAAGCUAUCAAAUGUGCAUUUAUUCAUACAGUAUUUCAGCUGUUUUAAGCACAGGCGUUAUUAAACUUAUUUUUUUAGUAUCCUAAAUAAUAUAUUUCUUAAAGAAAAAUGCAAUUUAUUGUAUUAUUAUACCAUGGGCUGUGAAGAAAUUAAUGCGUUUCUUUUCCUUCUGCAAAUGAAAACAAAGCUAUUGUUUGGUUUACUUGCUGGUUACCUUUGAAUUAAUUUGUCUUGUUACAAUGUAAUUUUAUUAUCAUUAACUGAAUGAGCACUUUACAGGAUUUUACAGGAAAAGAAAACAUCAGUUAAUUUAUAGAUAUAUAUUUAAAAGAAAAUAAAUAUUAAAGAAAAUGCUAUGAAAACCUGUGUAGAUCAACUAUGUGAAAAAAUUGGUGUUUUUAUGGAUAUUUUUCCUUUCCAAUUACAAUUUUGAAAUGUUCUGCCAUUUGUUCUGUUCUUCAAGUUAGUUCUCUUCAAAAGUAAACUAAAUUUGAAUGUUCCUUUGUCACUACAAUCAUUAUUGACCUAUAUUUUCUAUUUCAUUUUACCUCUAUUCUGAAUGUUUCACAUGCACUGGUUCAGACUUUAAAACAUACUGUUACAAAAAGCCUCUAUUGAGCUUGGUUCUCUACUACAUUAUACUGUUUUUACAACAGUGUAAGUGAGGUAACAGGGUGGAAAAUCAGGACCAACACCACUAAAUAAUUUCAGCUUUAAUCCUGUUGACAUUUCU